CAGGACAAACUGCCUAGUAUUUUGCAAAGAGUUGACUGAAAACUGUCCAGGGACAUAUUUGUAUAGCUACUUUUUAAAACAAAUCGUGUUAAUAAAAUGUAUUUUUACGUUUAAUUGCAAUUUUAACUGUCUAAUAAGUUAUUAUUUCCUAAUACUUUUUCUAAGGUUCAAGACUAACAUUAGCUGCAAAUCAUUUAAUAAGGAAUGAUGCUGGCUAUACCAUGUUUACUUCUAGCAGUUGUAGUAGCAGCUCAAGGCGAAGAUAUACACACUACCAAAGUUUUCAUCAUGACGAUUGGACCAUGGUUUUUCAAUUGGACUGAUACUAAAAGCUCCCAUGUAGGUAACCAGUUCUCAUAUCGUCCAUCGCUGUUGAACUCCCCUGACCUCCCAUCGUGGAUGUUUUACACCUUCAGUGAGAAACACAACCAAGGAUUUGUGUAUGGAGCUCCACCAUCACAGCAGAAAGACCUUCAGAUAGAGGUGGUGGGGCUGAACAGGAAAAACUAUGAAGCUAAACGAAGAGUCAUCAAGAUGAAUGUUCUUGAGAAAGAUGAGCCAGCUCUCUACGAGGUCCGUCUGAAGGUAGACAAGUUGAACGUAGAAGACAUGUUGGAGUCGGAAAGAUACAAUCGGUUGUUGGACGUGUUCCGUCGCACACUGUGGCCGGACAGUCAGGACGACUUGUACAUAACCUUCCUCGCCUCAGCAGUCCAUCUGGGCGCAAGACUGCCUCUCAACCCAACCGAUGGUGAAGGUAUUGUGAUGCACAUCGGUAGCAGAGCCCCGUUCUCACAGACUCUCCUAGAUCUACAGAAGGAGGUCAGUCCAUUGCAGUCCAAAGGUCAAACUAACUGUCCAGACUUCAAACACACCUCUGUGGAACGCUUCUUCAAGCAGUACAACUUCUCUUUGGAUUGGUGUGCUUUCUCUCUGAGUUUUAAACCAUCAAACACACAAGAAAGUCCAGACAGAAACCCCGAGACAGCUGACACAUCACAACAAUGGCAACCUGUUAGUCAGCAAGAGUUGCCAACCCGAAACUACCACUCGGAGCUUGCAGUCACAUUGAUAUUGCCACUGUUCUGCUUCAUCGUGUUGGCCGCACUGCUAACAUUCAUCCUAUGCUUCCAGCAAGACACUGUGAAGUGCAACGAGGACACUCCCCAGUCACUUCUUGUCCAGUAUGAAGCUGUCCAUCGAGCCUCCAAUACCCUCCGAUCCUUGUCCAACCAGCGAGACUCUAGUCCGAGGUCGUCAUCAGAAAGAGGUGGUCUGCGACCUAAUCCACCCCCGUACACCGGAAUUCAUCAUUCAAACAGAGAGGAGUACCUUGAUGAUGACGAUGCCAAGACAUGGUAUUGUUAGAUACUGCAGAUAGAUUUGUCUUACUGCAAACAGUAGAAUGUAGCUCGAUAUCUACAGCUUUAACUUCCAAAGUUGGUCUAAGGUACGAUGUACUUCCACUAAUUUGUAUUUCUUUAAAUCCAAACAAAAGAAGAUCUCCCUUUCAUAAUUUAAAUCCACAGCACUAAGACAUUUAAGUCCAGUUUCCUUAAUCCAAUGAAGACUCGGCUAUCCAGCCAGAGAAAUAAAGACAAAAGGACUAUCUUUGACUAUGCAAUUCAUAGUGUAAGACUCCACACCAUAGCUACAUGACCGAUAAAAUGUCUUGCACAUUUAACUUUACAGUAGUUACAUCUAGCUCCUAGAAUGUAAAUAUGAUUGAGCUGUGACCACUUCAUUUCUUGGAAUGGGAGAAAAUUGCUGUGAGAUUCUAAAUUCAAAUUAAAAGUAUUUAUUUGACAAGAGUUAACAUAUCCCCAUAAGUAAUACGCAGUUAAUGUUUAAAAGGGUGCAAUUAUUUAACCUAAAAGAUUUAAGUAAAACUAGUAGUUAAAAAGUAUUAAAAAAAUAAUUACAUUAUUUUACAACACUGACGCUAUCAAAUGUAGUUUAAGUCUUUAGAAUAAAUCCCAUGAUAAUUAAUGCACUAAUGGAAGGUCAAAUUAUAUGUUUAACAUCAUUACCACUACAACUUACUUAUCUAAACUACAAAGAGUUAAAUCUAGUCUUUUUUGUAAAUUUUAAUUUAUUUAAGAUAAUAAGUGAACUGUAAUACUAGUUUCAUCAUUUCUAGCCAUU